AUGGCGAGCUUCCCGGACUUUCUGAACCAAAAGGCGCCCGAGAACUAUGUUGCGGGCGUGGGUCGAGGCGCGACGAGCUUCGUGACGCGGUCGGACUUGGGACCAACUCAUGUCGGGCCGACAGACGAGCAGAUGAAGGCGGCGAUCGCCAAGCGGGCACAGCAGCUGCAGAGCAAGGCAGAGGGGGAGGGCAAGGAGGGCGGUGGCGAGAACGAGGGCGAGGGUCGAUACCAGGAUCCGGACAACGAGGUCGGGCUAUUUGCGGGUGGCAUCUACGAGAAAGACGACGAGGAGGCGGACAAGAUCUGGCAGGAAGUAGACGAGCGGAUGGCCAGGCGACGACAAAAACAAAGGGAAGUACGAGAGCGGCUGGAAGAGGACGAAUACGAGCGACAAAACCCGAAAAUCGAGGCACAGUUUGCCGACCUGAAGCGGGCACUGGGAACGGUGUCGGCAGAGGAGUGGCUGAAUCUGCCGGACGUGAAGGACAUGACGGGCAAGACGAAGCGAAACCGAGAGGCGCAGCGACAACGGUUCUACGCGGUGCCAGACACGGUGCUGGCAGCAGCGCGCGACGCGGGCGAGCUGGGGACGACGGUGGCAGACGACGGAGCGGCAUCGUCGAGGAAAGACGGGACGAUGACGAAUUUUGCACAGAUCGGAGCGGCACGCGACAAGGUUCUGCAGGCACACCUGGACCAGGCAUCACAGACGACGAGCGGGACGAGCUCAGUGCUGGGAACGUCGACGAGCGUGGACCCGAAGGGGUACAUCACGUCGCUGAACAAGCUGGAGACGGCAGAGAAGGCGAGCGUGAGCGACGUGGACUUUGCGCGCAAGCUGCUGAAGUCGGCGGUGGAGUCGAACCCGACGAGCGCGCCAGGAUGGAUCGCGGCAGCGCGGGUGGAGGAGCUGGCAGGCAAGCUGGUGGCAGCACGCAACGUGAUCGCGCGGGGAUGCCAGCACUGUCCGCGCAGCGAGGACGUGUGGCUAGAGAACAUGCGGCUGAACGAGAGCCGGAACGCCAAGGUGAUCGCGGCAGAGGCGAUCAAGGCGAACCGACGGUCCGUGCGGCUGUGGGUAGAGGCGAUGAAGCUGGAGAGCGACGUGCUGUCAAAGAAGCGGGUAGUGCGACGGGCACUAGACCACAUGCCCGAGUCGGAGGCGCUGUGGAAGGAAGCAGUGAACUUGGAGGAGAACGCAGAGGACGCGCGACUGUUGCUGGCCAAGGCAACCGAGCUGAUCCCAGCAUCGAUCGACCUGUGGCUGGCGCUGGCGCGGCUAGAGAGCCCAAAGAACGCCAAGGCGGUGCUGAACCGGGCGCGAAAGGCGGUGCCGACAUCCCACGAGAUCUGGAUCGCGGCCGCACGGCUGCAAGAGCAGCUGGGCGAGACGAGCAAGGGCAACGUGAUGCGGAGCGCGGUGCAGUCGCUGGCGAAGGAGGGAGCGAUGCCGAAGCGGGAAGAAUGGCUGGCCGAGGCGGAGAAGUGCGAGGCCGAAGGGGCGGUGCAGACAUGCGGCAACAUUGUGCGCGAGACCGUCGGCUGGGGGCUAGACGAGGACGAUGACCGCAAGGACACGUGGAUGGAGGACGCGCGCGAGAGCACGAACCGGGGCCGAUAUGCGACGGCACGGGCGAUCUACGGCCACGCACUGCAGGUGUUUGUCAACAGCCGGACGCUGUGGCUGGCGGCAGCGGAACUGGAGCGAAGCCACGGCAGCCGGGAAGCACAGUUUGGAGUGCUGGAGCGGGCGGUGGAGGCAGUGCCGCACAGCGAGGUGCUGUGGAUGAUGCUGGCAAAGGAGCGGCUGGCAGCGGGCCAUCUGGACGAGGCGCGACGGGUUUUGGGCCGGGCAUUCAGCCAGAACCCGAACAACGAGGACAUCUGGCUAGCCGCGGUGAAGCUCGAGGCCGAGAACGGCUUUGUGGACCGGGCACGAGAGCUGCUGGCGACGGCGCGGGAGAACGCGCCGACCGAUCGGGUGUGGAUGCGCAGCGUGGUGUUUGAGCGGCAGCACGGUGCCGACGGCGGGAGCGAGGCAGCGCUGACGCUGGUGCAGGAGGCACUGCAGCUGUUUCCGGGUGCAGCGAAGCUGUGGAUGCUCAAGGGGCAGAUCUACGCGGAGGAUCUGGGUCGGGUGGCCGAAGCGCGAGCAGCCUAUGCGGCAGGCGUGAAGGCCGUGCCAGGUUCGGUAGCGCUCUGGCUGCUGCUGGCACGGCUGGAAGAAGCAGCUGGAGCGGUGGUCAAGGCACGCAGCGUGCUCGAUCGUGGUCGACAGGCCGUGCCUCGAUCACCGGAGCUCUGGUGCGAGCUGGUCCGCAUCGAGCGACGGGCCGGCAACGUGGCGCAAGCCCGGGCGCUCAUGGCCACGGCGCUGCGCCAGAUGCCGCGCAGCGGACUGCUCUGGGCCGAACGGAUCUGGCAGCUCGAACCGCGCACACAACGAAAACCGCUCUCGCUCGAGGCCAUCCGACAGGUCGACGACGAUCCGCUGCUCUUCGUCGCCGUGGCUCGCGUCUUCUGGGCCGAGCGCAAGCUCGAGCGCGCCCAGAACUGGUUCGAAAAGGCUCUCGUGCUCGAUCCGGACGCCGGCGAUGCCUGGGCCUGGUACUACCGCUUCUUGCUGCAGCACGGCACGGCCGAGAAGCUGGCCGAGGUCGUCGCCAAGUGCGUCCAGAACGAUCCCCGCCACGGCGAGCACUGGCAGGCCGUCGCCAAGAACCCCAAGAACGCCGGCAAGACGGUCGAGGAUGUGCUGAAGCUGGUGGCUGCCGGACUCUCGUGA